AUGAGAUUUACUUCAGCUAAUUUAUUGAAGGAAUCGUGUAAAAGCGUAGCGGAAAAAGUUCCAAAGAACUUUGUCAAAUUUUCCAAUGGAAAUAUAUUCCCUCAACUGGGUUUAGGAACAUUUAAGUCGGAACCUAAGAAAGUAACUCAGGCUGUAAAAGAUGCAAUUGAUGUUGGAUAUAGACAUAUUGACUGUGCUCAUGUUUACCAAAAUGAAAAGGAAGUUGGCAAAGGCAUCAAAGCUAAAAUUAGUGAAGGCGUAAUUAAAAGAGAAGAACUUUAUGUAACCGGUAAACUAUGGAAUACCUUUCACAGACCUGAUUUGGUGAGACCAGCAUUGAUGACCACUCUUGAAGAUUUGGGAUUAGAUUACAUCGAUAUGUACUUGAUACAUUGGCCAAUGGCAUACAAGGAAGGAGGGGCAUUAUUUCCAACGCCAAACCCAAAUAGUCCAAAACUGCAGUUUUCCGACGUGGAUUAUUUGUGCACUUGGCAAGAAAUGGAAAAAGCUUAUCACGAAGGUUUAUGUGUUAAUAUUGGCGUGUCUAAUUUUAAUUCAAAACAAUUACAGAGAUUAAUUGAUAACUGUAAUGUGAAGCCGGUGAACAAUCAGAUUGAAGUUCAUCCGUAUCUAAACCAAGCUUGUCUGAGACAGUUUUGUCACUGUCACAAUAUUAUCACAACAUCUUACAGCCCAUUGGGGUCUCCAGAUAGACCAUGGGCAAAAGCUGAAGAUAAAAAAGUUCUUGACGAUGAAUGGAUGAAAAAACGUGCGAAGGAGCUUAACAAGUCCCCUGCGCUACUAAGUCUUAGGUGGAAUUAUCAACUAGGUAACAUUAUAAUACCGAUGUCCAUGGUAAAAGCACAAAUAGAGGAAAAUUUCAAAGUUCUGGACUUUGAACUUACGGCCGAAGAUAUGGAACAUUUUAAUAAAAUGGAUCAAGGAUACAGGCUUUAUUCUCUAUCCGAGAUCCAUGGACAUAAGGACCAUCCAUUUGAGAAAGACGCAUUUUAA